AUGAUUUCUUUUGAUGGCUUUUUUUCGGAAGGGGAUUUUUCCCGCUUUUUUUUCUUAUUAUUUGGUUGGGGUCACAGCUUCCCGUUGGUCUUGCAAAUUAGCGAUAAGGGCGUUAUGGGUUUAUGGACGUUGACGAGGAUGUACGUAUGGCAUGGUAUCUGGCAUUCAGCAUGA